GAAAAAUAAUCAAAAGAUAGGAUUAUUCAAAAUAAAUUGGACGGAUUAUUAAAGUGUAUUUUUUUGAAACAAAAAAACAUUGUAACAGACAAUGGUCCAUGGUCCAAAUCAAGCAAUAACGAGUUCAAGCGAUCCGUGCGCGGUGAAGCGGGAAAUCUAACAAAUCGACCCAAAUCCAAAAUUCCAGUUGCGCGGCAAACGACGGCUUCCCUUUCUCAUUUCACCGGUCUCAAAAAUCGAACUUAGAGAGAAAAAAUUAGAGAGCUCAGUAGAAAGAUUCACUAUCAAAUUUCAGAAUAAUCACCAUUUUCAGCAAUUUUUUUUGGUGUGUUUAUCUUUGAACGAUGUAAUUGCACACAUGUUUACAAAUUCUUAUGCAGGUAGUAGUGGUGAAUCAAGUUGUUUGAACUGUUCUACAAUGGGCAAGAAUGCCAGACCUACGCGCAAAAGAGAUAUCUCUUCACUGCAUCCAUUUGGUCACUUGAGACAGUCUAGCAUACUGGAUCAUCUUCAACCCAUGGGAAAAUCGAAAAAGAGGCAAACUGACAAUAUUCCUGAGGCAACUACUUCUGGAGCCAGACAUCCUGAAGGACAGUCUGAAGUGCAGAGGCCUCAUAUUGAAGAGAUGUCAGAAAAAAGUCAUACACUUGAAUUAUCUGUGCCAUCAUACUGUUUGCCUCCAGUUCAGAAAAGAGAAGAGGAAGCAGAAGUCGGACCUGAUUGGGAUCAGAAAGCCAACAGCUUGCUGCGAAAACAUUUUGGGUAUUCCGGGUUGAAAAGUUUUCAAAAGGAAACUCUUGGUGCUUGGUUUGCUCAUCAAGAUUGUCUUGUUCUAGCAGCAACAGGGUCUGGGAAGUCUCUGUGCUUUCAGAUACCUGCACUUUUGACAGGGAAGGUUGUGGUUGUGAUUUCUCCAUUGAUAAGCUUGAUGCAUGACCAGUGCUUAAAGCUAGCAAAACAUGGGAUCUCUGCAUGUUUCCUUGGAUCUGGACAACCAGAUAAUAGCGUUGAGAAGAAAGCAAUGAAUGGCAUAUAUUCCAUCAUAUAUGUUUGCCCUGAGACAUUGUUAAGAUUAAUAAGUCCACUUCAGAGGCUUGCAGAGAACGUUGGAAUAGCUUUAUUUGCCAUUGAUGAAGUACAUUGUGUUUCAAAAUGGGGACAUGAUUUUAGACCUGAUUACAGGCGAAUGUCUGUGUUACGUGAAAGUUUUAGUUCCAGCAGCUUGGAUUUCUUGAAAUUUGACAUUCCAAUAAUGGCAUUAACUGCUACUGCCACUGAUCAUGUCAGAGAAGACAUUCUUAAGUCACUUAAAUUGUCAAAGGAUGCAAAAAUUGUGCUUACAACAUUCUUCCGUCCAAACCUUAAAUUCUCAAUAAUGCAUAGUAGAACAUCAUCUCCAUCAUCUUAUGUUAAGGAUUUCCAAGAUUUAGUAAAAGUAUACUCUAACAAGAAGACAACAAAAGAAAGCAGUGGUCGUACUGGGAGUGUCACGGAAGAUCUUGAAGAUUCGUUAGAAGACUCUGAUAGCAUGUCUGAUACCAGUAAUGUGGAUGAACAGGAUGAUGAGUUGAGUUCACAUAGAAAAAUGGGUUUCAGUACCUCAAAAGAAAGACAGUUAUCAGUUGAGUUCCUGGAAGAUGAUUUUGAUGACAUCCAGACUGCAGAUGACUUCGAUGUUUCUUGCGGUGAGUUUUGUGGGACGCCUCUGGUUGAUGGUGUACAGCUCAGCGAGUCCACUGAAUUACCACAUCCUACUCCACAACCAGCAGAAAGUUCUCAAUACGUGAGUUGUUCUUUGGAACAAGGGCCAACCAUCAUAUAUGUUCCUACCAGAAAACAAACGGUAGCUAUAGCAAAAUAUCUUCGGGCAAAGGGUGUAAAGGCUGAGCCUUAUCAUGCAGCGUUGCCAAAGUCACAUCUUAGACGGGUCCAUAAGGAAUUUCAUGAAGAUGCUCUAGAAGUAGUUGUUGCAACUAUUGCUUUUGGAAUGGGCAUUGACAAACUAAACGUACGAAGGAUUAUUCAUUAUGGGUGGCCUCAGAGUCUAGAAGCAUAUUAUCAAGAAGCAGGGCGUGCUGGACGAGAUGGGAAAUUAGCAGAUUGCACUCUGUAUGCCAACCUUUCUAAAAUUCCAACUCUUCUACCUAAUAAAAGAAGUGAAGAACAAAAGAAAAAUGCAUACAAGAUGCUAGCUGAUUGCUACAGAUAUGGUAUGAAUACUUCUAUUUGCCGUGCAAAAGUAUUGGUUGAAUACUUUGGGGAGGUGUUCCAUCAGGAGAGGUGUAUGACAUGUGAUGUGUGCAGAAAUGGACCUCCUGAAUUGCAGAAUAUGAAAGCUGAAGCUAAUAUUUUCAUGCAAGUUAUUGCUGCCCACUACAAACAGCAAGGUGCAGAAUAUUCGUAUGAUGAUCUUAUAGGUGGUGAUAUGGGGACAAGCAGAUCAAGUGAGAGGCUAACUCUAAGGUUGAUUGUGACAAAGAUAAGGGAACAUUCUCAGCAAUUUCUAGCUAGUGAUCAGCUAUGGUGGCGAGGUCUUGCUCGUCUUAUGCAGGACAAAGGUUUUAUCAGAGAGGGGGGUAACAUGAUUGGUGUUCAAAUAAAAUGCCCUGAGCCAACUAAUCAGGGACUUAAAUAUCUUGAAUCUGGUAUGGAGCAAGAUUUUUAUGCUUAUCCUGAGGCUGAUAUGCUGUUAUCAGCCACUCGAGAACAACAGCCUUUUUCUUCUUUCUCAGAGUGGGGCAAGGGAUGGGCAGACCCUGAGAUCCGCAAACAGCGUCUAGCUAGGAGGAGAGCGUUUAAAAAACCGCGAAAAUCUCGUAAUAGAAAGAGUAGAAAGCAGUCAAAUUCAAUGACAGUCAAAGAACGAAUAUCUGCUAGGCUCUCAAAAUGGAAGAGAUGAUUACUUUAGAACUUAUCUCUUUAGAUGUUUCAAUUGGUUCUUUGAUCAUUUGAUUUGCGCCUCAGUUAGCAGAGCAAGGCCAAGUGAUCCCAUGUAAUUGUACUUGUACAUUCUACAUUAGUCAGUAAUGCAAAUUUUGUUAUUUAAUUUGAACAAACCAUUACCUUCUUAAUGUUUGCUGCAAAGAUUUAUGCUAGCACUCAGCUGAACAUGUGAAUCUUGAUGCUCGCACCGAGCUUGAAAGUAGACUUGUUUGUAUAUAUAAAGUUGAUGUAUUCACUUUAGUGUAAAAUUAGGAAUGUAUAUCUUUCAUAGAAAGGCAUAUAUCAUAUAUCUGAACAAUACUCCCAAACUGACUUAAGUAUACAAAUUUCCUACCUGUAUGAAAAUAACUAGAAAGACUGAGGAAGAAAAUGCUGUCAAACUUCCCCCAAAACUGGGCAGUUCCAUUUACC